UUAGAGGACAGCGUGAAGGAUUGCGACAGCCCGGCCACAGCAGCCCAAGACUCGAUCGGCAUUGCCUAUGACGGCACACCGUGCCAUAGGGUCUCGCUAGAGCAGCUGGCAAUGGUAAUACAAGAUGACUACCAGUCAGCGAGCAUCUCUGCUGGUCUUCGACGACUUAGAAUCCUCGCUCGUUUUCAGCUCCUAUCCGAGACGCCCUCACUUUUAGCGUACAACAGUCAGCUUUCCAAUGGUCUUGUCCCUCUCUACAGUCACUGCAGGAAAAGGCUGGAGCUGUCCAACGAGCCACUUUGCAACGAUCGUUGA